AUGCCACUAGUAUUCGCUGCCUCUGCACAGGACUGGCAGAAGCGGUCAAUUUAUCAGCUUGUGACCGACAGAUUCGCGACGACGGAUGGCUCCUGGCCGUACUGCGAUACCGACGAUCGCAUUUACUGUAACGGAACAUGGCAGGGUAUCAUAAGACAACUGGACUAUAUCCAGAACAUGGGUUUCGACGCCAUCUGGAUCUCUCCAAUCGUGGCUAACCUGGAGGGAACAACUGGAGAUGGGCAGGCGUACCACGGUUAUUGGACUCAAGAUCAAACCGCACUCAAUAGCCACUUCGGCACACAGGAAGAUUUGCUCAUGCUCAGUUCAGAUUUGCAUGCACGGGGAAUGUACCUCAUGAUUGACGUCGUCGUAAAUCAUAUGGCGGCAGACACGCUUCCGCCAGACUAUGCUCUUUUCACACCAUUCAACGAAGAGGCCGAUUUCCACCCCUUCUGCUGGAUCACGGACUAUAAUAACCAGACGAACGUCGAGCAGUGCUGGCUCGGCGACGAUAACGUCCCACUCGUGGACACCGACACCGAAGACGACACGAUCGUGAAUUUUUUCUUGGACUGGAUUGCUGGGCUGGUGUGCACAUAUGGCGCAGAUGGUGUGCGGAUUGAUACAGUGAAGCACAUUCGGAAGGACUUCUGGCCUGGUUUUGCACAAGCUGCAGGCGUGUUCACGAUUGGAGAGAUACUGGACGGCGACGUGAACUAUGUCAGCGCAUACACCGAGGUACUCGACGCGGUGCUUGACUAUCCAACGUUUUACCAGUUAACAUACGCGUUCGAGUCGACCAGCGGCUCGCUAUCGAACCUCGUCUCCUGGGUGCAGUCUGCGCAGUCGACGUAUAAGAAUGGCGAGUUCAUGGUUGGAUCGUUCCUCGAAAACCAGGAUAACCCACGCUUUCAGUCGCUCACCACGGAUCAGGCGCUCGUCUCGAAUGCCAUGACCUGGCCAUUCAUCCAGGAUGGGAUCCCAAUAUUGUACUAUGGUCAAGAGCAAGGCUACACUGGCGGCAACGAUCCAUCUAACCGUGAGGCGCUGUGGUUAUCUGGUUAUGUCGAAGAUAAGCCACUUGUGAAGCUAGUGAGGGUUCUCAACGCUGCGCGUAAGGCUGCGAUUGCGGCGAGCGCCGACUUUCUCACCACUGCUCUUACCUUUCCCUCUGUAACAUCUUCCACACUUGCUGUGUUGAAGCCGCCGAUGCUCUCCCUGCUCACGAAUGGCGGGAGUGACUCGACGCCUUGGUGGAGCGUAUCCGAUUCAGGCUUUUCUGCAGGAGAUGAACUCAUCGAUGUUCUCACUUGCGACACAUUGAACGUGGACAGCAACGGGGGCAUCAGCGUGCAAGGCAUUGGUGGCAUGCCCAAGAUCAUGAUGCCUACGUCCGUGUUCAAUGCGACGUACUGCAAUUACUUUCUGGGGUCGUAUUGA